AUGGAACACGUACUGACCCACGUGCCAAACCUGCUACCCGCCUACCUUACACCCCGAGUUCCAGAGUCGCGUAACCAUCGCCAUAAUGGCCCCUGCACCCUCAUCCCCCGUCAAAAAGCCAAAUUCAAGCAUUCCACACCCCGAAAGAGGAACCGCAUCUUCGCCUACUACUCCGCCGGCAUCUCUGCCAAAGCAAUCGCGGUCAAGGAGGAUGUGCUGGAGUCCCACGUGCGAGGCGUAAUCCGCCGCUUCUCGGCACAAGACUUCGGUGUCAGUCGACCCAGCCGUGGUCGGCCGCAAAAGCUUACAGAACGCGAUCAACGGGUUAUUUUGCGCGAAGUGGCCAAGGAUCCCUUGAUACCGCUCGAAACCUUGCGCAAAUUGACCGUUCCACACGUGUCGCGGGGGUGUUUACGCAGCUUCCUCACGAAGCAGGGGAUCCGCUUAGACGAUCAGGGCCCCGGCUCGGAUGCGAUCGCGACUUCACCAACACAAUCGAAACCAUUAACACAACAAUCUAAACGCCUAACCUAG